ACUUCAUUUAAUUGACUGGGAUGAAACUAGAAUCAAACAUAGAAAAAGUCCUCGAUAGGCUGGAAUCUCUAGUUACACAAACAAAUGUUAUAGGCCUGAGAGCAGGUGUUGAAGGGAAAUCUUCCCAAAGAGUUCCCACAACUUCUGUACUAAAAGAAACUAGAAUUUAUGGUAGGGAUGAUGAUAAAGAGCCAAUAGUCAACUUGUUAAUCUCAAAUUAUGCAAAAACCAAUGACCACCCCUGUGUGAUUCACAUAGUGGGCAUGGGUGGGAUUGGCAAGACCACCCUUGCUCGACUUAUCUACAAUGAUCAAAGAAUCACUAAACAUUUUCGCCUUAGAUAUUGGGUUUGUGUUUCUGAAGAAUUUGAUGUGCUUAAGAUCACAAAAUUAAUUCUUGAGGCUGUCACUUUACAAAUAUGUGACACUACAGACUUUAAUAUGAUUCAAACUACAUUGAAGGAGAGUUUGAUAGGAAAAAAGUUUUUACUAGUUCUUACAGGUCAUUCAGCACAUGGACAGCUGCUCUUGGAUUUGCUCAAUGAGGUUGCUGCCAUACGAGUUGAGCUUGCUGCCACUAGAGGUGCCUCUCCACCAGCUCCACCCUUGGAUCAGCCAUGAUUGCCCUUUGGCAAUACGUUACAAAAAGGGGGAGUGCAUAGUGAUAGGGGGAGAUAACUUUUUUUUGGUAUGGGGAGUUCUUUUAUGGAGAUGUAUAUAUUUUUUUUGAUGUAUGUAUUUUAUUUCUUUUAUUUUAGUUCUUGUUUCACAAACUUUGAUACAUUAUGAUUAUAUUGUGAUGUUUAUACAUUAUA